ACUCCUGGAGCGGUGAGGGCUUCAGUCGCAUCUUGGACGCACAACGAGCGGCAGAGCGAGCACCAGAGCCUCCUGCAAUUCAGCUACACUUUAUCCACAAUAUACAUCCACAGCACUCACACUAAAACAACUCAACUCUCUUAUUUUUCAUGGAUCCGGGGGUGCCGAGCAGUUUUUGGGCGAAUCUAAAAGAUGUAAUCAACUUCGUGGAAAUAUGUGACAAAUGAGAAGUAACAUGGAGCAGUCGGCCACUCUGGACAUCGAAACGCUCAAGAUUACCCAAGAGCACUACAUCCUGGCAUCGCAGUCCCUCCACCUGCCCCGGCCUGGCUGUGAGGGUGGCGGUUGUGAGGGGGGUGGUCCGGGUGCGGUGUACGGAUGGAGGAAGAGGGGGCUCUACUUCUUUCUGCUCCUCCUCCUCGUCACUAUGAUCGUCAAUCUGGCUCUCACUGUGUGGAUCCUCAAAGUCAUGAACUUCUCCAUGGAGGGGAUGGGCAGCCUGAAGUUGAACCAGGACGGCAUCCGGGUGGAGGGAAAGUCUGAGUUUCUGUCUCCUCUUUAUGUGAAUGAGAUACAGUCCAGAGGGGAAGGUUUAUUGGUCCUGAAGUCUGAGAAGAAUGUGACACUAAACGCCCGAAAUGACCAGGGACAACUGACAGGCCAGCUGACCGUUGGAGCAGAGGCUGUGGAGGCUCAGUGUCAGAGACUAGAGGUGCGCAGCAGUGAAGGAGGAAGACUACUGUUUACUGCAGAGGAAGAGGAAGUCGUCAUGACAACAGAGAAAUUCACCAUUACAGGCUCUGAAGGAGCCGUUUUUGGUCAUUCAGUGGAAACCCCCUUAAUCCUGGCCAAGUCCGCAGAAGACCUCAAAUUGGAGUCCCCCACACGGACCCUGACCAUGGAGGCUCCACGGGGAGUGGAGGUGAGCUCGGCGCAGGGUUUUCUACAGAUCAGCGGCAGAAAAGACCUGCAGCUUGAGUCCACAGAAGGAGAGAUACUUUUAGAUGCCAACAUUAUCCAGCUGGGGAAUCUUCCAUUGGGCAUGUUUUCUAAGUCCACACCCCAGGCCUCAUAUGAACAGUCAAUAUACGAGGUUUGCGUUUGCCCCAGUGGGAAAGUUUACCUGUCUCCAGCCCAAAGUAGCUCUACCUGCCAGAUAAUGAACAAUAUCUGCCUUUGGAGUUGACUUGGGAACACCAGCUGCCAAAAUGCUGCAACUUCAAGGAUUUUGAUGGGACAGUUGUUGGAGAGAAAUUGUUUAUAUUCAAACCAAUGGAGCUCAACAGUCCUGUUCAUCUGUAGUGUUGUCAAAUUUCAAAUCUUGAUUUUGAUAUUAAUGUUUCAUUUAUGCUUGGAGGUUCGCAGCUCGGACAUUGGAGUAACAUUUUUUCCGAGUUUCUGAGUUCCAUUGGUCAAGCUGGAAAAAAAAAAGUCCAGUACAUUACAGUAUAUGUACAGUAAAGAGAAUAAAAGCAAGCAAUAAAAACUAGUAAAGCGCUCAAAUCAGCCAAAAUGCUGGUAAAUUUAUUAACCCAGUUCGGGAGUGAAAUUUUGCUUUUGUUGUCAUUAGCUGCGUGUAUGUCCAUUAGCAGACGGAGCAUAACAGUGUAUUUAUAACUGCUCAGGCUCAACUGCUGCAGGAGAAGCGGUCAGACAGUGCAGAGCAAGUGCGAAAUAACACAACAACAAUCAGUAUUUUAACGGAUCAAAGUUUAUCCAAACGCAGGGUGUAGCCAUGUUGGAUUUAACUUAAGUCAGAACACUGAAAAAAGGGCAACUGGAAUGCAGCAUAAGGAUAUUACUAACACAAAAUCGUAGUACUUUUUAAAUAUCACCAUGUGGUCGAGUACUAGUUGAAAUAUAGAUCAAUUUCCCAUUCAUUUCCCCAUAGACUGUCACAGUGAUGCGGUAACUAACAUCCAUGACAUAAUUAUUUUCAGUAAAAAACAAAAAACAAAAAAAAAACCUUAAUGUGCACUAUGUACCUUUUCUGUGGAAGGAUCUGUGACCUUCUUGUCUCUAUGGAGAUGCUUUGCCUGGAAUAUACAGCAUUAAAUUUACAUCCAUCUUGCAUUCAUUCAAUUGUAGGUGUUUUUAUUGCCCAAAACGUUCUUGAAAAAUAUGCAUCUGUAUUUUAAGUGGCUUGCCUCUCCACAGAUCUGAUCUACCACAUGAUCGAAUGACCUUGUCUUCAUAGAGAUAGACAAGUUACAUGCUAUACUUUGGGACAUUGUAGGCAAAGCAAUAACAUUUAUCAGAUGUCAAAGGUGCACUACUAUGUUUGUGGUGUAGAACUUUUCAGAAAUAUAUUGAAUUGUCAAUUAAAUGAUGUAACUAAUGCUCAUACCACAUCGCUGAUUUUAUUUUUAUUUUUUUGUCAAUUUUAUUUGAGGAAUAGGAAUAGGAAUUUGUGUCAAGAUGUAGGAGGGACAGUUGAGCUCCAUUAAAAAUCAAACAUUACAAACUGGUGGCUUGGACUCAUAAGGCACUGAGAGAAAAGAUGGCAGCUCGCUCUCAUCAGGAAUAAAAAAAAUAAAAUAAAAUAACUAGGUCAUCAUGACAAGAAAAGUACGACAUUUUAUUUUUCUACUUAUAACGACAGUUUUUAAAGAAUUCCAACACUGGUGCCUUCAGAGUUUUAAAAAUCAUUGUGGACUGGUUGAGAUGGCAUUGAUCCUUGUCUAUUUUUAAAAAGGUCUUACACAAAAGCACAAAGUAUGGUUUUCUGAAAUAGAGGUGGGCCAUAUCGACAGAACUGUUGAUUGUAAUAUUAAUGAUGUUAUAGUGUAAUGAUAAUCAGAUGCUACAACAUGCCUAUAAUUAUCACGGCUGAAAUUGAAGUAUUUUUUUGGUUGCCGGUCCUAACUCUUCAUCAUUGUAAAACUUGUGGAUACAUUCAUUCAAACUGUCUUUUAGCCAGGUUUAUAAUGGACUACUAUAAUACUUAAUCAUCUAAUUUUGAAUAUACCUUUAAAACAACCAAUUUGAUAUUGUGUAGAUAAUAUAUGUCCCACCUCUAUUCUGAAACAUGUAAGUUAUUGAAAUCGAUGCUUAAUUUGCCAUUGUAAUGUAAAAUUAAACAUGUUUUUUUUUU